UGCCCGUGGGGUGGCGGAGCGGGCGCGGCAGGGGGAGGCGAGCCCGGCUUGGGCGGGGGAUGUGAGCCGGAGUCCCGGUGCGCCUCCUGGCUGAGCGCAGAGCUGCGGGGGACGCGGGUCCGAAUCUAGGCUGAGCUCGGUAAAGCUGUGCCCGAGUCGGAGCCACUUCGGGAAUGAGAUCCUGGCCCGCACCCUGAGGGCAGUCCCGGGAGGUAAUGUCCUCUUUCUCCACUCUCGGCCUGCCGUUCUCCGUCCCUCCCCAGCCAAACACCCAAGGUGGGAGGGAGUGGAAGGUGCGGGUUUGUAGGGUCCAUAUCUAAAGGUGCCUUUCAGUCUUGCUCCGUGGAGCUCCGUGGAAUGUGUCUUCGAACUAACCUGUAAUUUCAUCCUCCUCCCCUGAAUAUUUGCCUGCUUUAAGGGAAGUUUUCUGCCGAGAGUGUCGGGUGACUGGUUUUGGGGGCCGGGCUGCUCCGAGGUGAGCGAGGGGACCCGCUGUGCUCCCCUGAGCCGCAGUGGACUAGAGUGCGCGACUCCAGGAUUGGGGUGUGGUGAAGAAAAGAGUACCACACCCUCUUCUUUUCCUCCCCUGUCCUUUUCACCUGGUGAUGAGGUCUCACCAUCUAGCUUUUACUGAUUUCUUUCGCCAAGGGAUUGGCUCUGAACUCAAGAGCAAAGCGGCUGAAAGACUUGGAGGGAGAGAGAUAAGAAUGAGAGGGAAGUCAUGGCCAGAACAUCAGGGGAGGAGGGAGGGUGAAGUUAAGCUUGUGUGUGGGGUUGGGGGUGACGGGAGCUAGGAAAUAGCCUUGGAGUUCAAGAUUUUUUGAUGAAGUCUGAUUCAUUUCAUAUUCCACACUCUCUUUGAUAGAAUCCUUGCUCAAGCCACCAACAAAAAUCAUUUCUGCUAGAUAUUGCUGUGGGCACGGUGGGCACAGAAUAUGUUUGAUGAUUGUGUCUAGGCCACAAAAAAAAAAGAGUGGGUAUUGUGUGUACUUGGCGUGAUGACACCGUGUCUGUCAGGCAGUAGGAAAUGUAUGUCAUUUUCAUUGUGCUGUGUUGUGUUUGUGCAUACCAUAUGUGGUUAUUUCACACUCAGUAAUGCAAUUUCAGCCUUCUGAAGGUGGCUCUUAACAAACAUGACUUGUGAUAUUAAACCUCCUGCAGAAUAAUAGUGAAGGAAGCCAGAAAAUAUGAUGGGGCAUGGAGUAUCCCAGGAAUAUUGGAUAAAAGCUGAGAUCCGGCAUUUGUGAAAUAUUGGGCCACAUACUGAAAGUGCAAAAUAUGUUUUUCAGAGAGGAAGCAGUGGUUAGCAUUUUGAAAGAAGGCGAUGUGCUUUAGUUACUACCAUCAUCAUCCUGUACCUUGCAUUACUUCCAAUACGGUGAGAGUGUGAGGCAGAAAAAAAAAAAAUGAAGCACUUCCUGCUGAAAACUAAAAUGUUUUGUGAGAUACUGUCAGGUAUUUCACCCUAAAAAUUUAAAUAGAAUGGGCUGCCUAUUGACGACGACUGAAGUGGUUUGGCUAUCAUGUAUGUGUGGGACCUCUAUUUUUGAUCAAGGGAAUCUGUUGGAGAUGGUUUCAAGAUGUAGAAGUCUCAUAUGUGAAGUAUCCCAAAUGAAGUUGGAAAAUCCAUGCUGAAAUCGCUUCACGUCCUGAAAUUGAAGAGUACCACAGGAAAGCUGUGUCCCUGUAUCAUGUGCUGUUUGGGCUUCUGAAGUGUCCGGCAGAUUUUUAAUCAUAUGAGCCUCAAAACGGAGUCAUGUAAAGAGGCUCAGAGACGAACACGAAAAGUGGCCACCAUCAGCAUGAGGAGCCCAGCAAGUCAGCCUGGUGAGAUGAGAAAAACAAAAUGCAGCUUUCAAGGUUCACUUCAAGCAGUUGGCGUGUGGGACUCUGAGAGAUGCUGCUGCCCGUGACAUGUUGGGAUUACCAUGAUCAACGACCCAGUUUGGAUUUCACCCAGUGGCCAGGAGCUUUGCAUGGUGGACAGCAAGGGUUGGAUUUUUAAAAAGAGUAAACCAGGCCCGUGACCAAGGUGUAGACUAAGAGGUGGAGUCAUGCUUCACACGGCCAUAUCAUGUUGGCAGCCAUUCCUGGGUCUGGCUGUGGUGUUACUCUUCAUGGGAUCCACCAUUGGCUGCCCUGCUCGCUGUGAGUGCUCUGCCCAGAACAAAUCCGUAAGCUGCCACAGAAGGCGGCUGAUCGCCAUCCCCGAGGGCAUUCCCAUUGAGACCAAAAUCUUGGACCUCAGCAAGAACAGGCUGAAGAGUGUCAACCCUGAAGAGUUCAUAUCCUAUCCUCUGCUGGAGGAGAUAGAUUUGAGUGACAACAUCAUCGCCAAUGUGGAGCCCGGAGCUUUUAACAAUCUCUUUAACCUUCGUUCUCUCCGCCUCAAAGGCAACCGCCUGAAACUGGUCCCUUUAGGGGUCUUCACGGGGCUAUCCAACCUCACCAAGCUGGACAUUAGUGAGAAUAAGAUUGUCAUUUUACUGGACUACAUGUUCCAGGACCUGCACAACCUGAAGUCUCUAGAGGUGGGGGACAACGAUUUGGUUUAUAUAUCACACAGGGCUUUCAGCGGACUGCUUAGCUUGGAGCAGCUCACCCUGGAGAAAUGCAACCUCACGGCAGUACCCACAGAAGCCCUUUCCCACCUCCGCAGCCUCAUUAGCCUGCAUCUGAAGCAUCUCAAUAUCAACACUAUGCCCGUGUAUGCCUUUAAACGACUGUUCCACCUGAAACAUCUAGAGAUCGACUAUUGGCCAUUACUGGAUAUGAUGCCUGCCAAUAGCCUCUACGGUCUCAACCUCACGUCCCUCUCCAUCACCAACACCAACCUGUCCACAGUCCCCUUCCUCGCCUUUAAACACCUGGUGUAUCUGACCCACCUCAACCUCUCCUACAAUCCCAUCAGCGCCAUCGAAGCCGGCAUGUUCUCGGACCUGAUCCGCCUUCAGGAGCUUCACAUAGUGGGCGCGCAGCUCCGCACCAUUGAGCCUCACUCCUUCCAAGGGCUCCGCUUCCUCCGUGUGCUCAAUGUGUCUCAGAAUCUACUGGAGACUUUGGAAGAGAACGUCUUCUCCUCCCCUAGGGCUUUGGAGGUCCUGAGCAUCAACAACAACCCCCUGGCCUGCGACUGCCGUCUCCUGUGGAUCCUGCAGCGGCACCCCACACUGCAGUUCGGGGGCCAGCAGCCCAUGUGCGCCGGCCCCGACACCAUCCGCGAGAGAUCGUUCAAGGAUUUCCACAGCACUGCCCUUUCUUUUUACUUUACCUGCAAAAAACCCAAAAUCCGUGAAAAGAAGCUGCAGCAUCUGCUCGUGGACGAAGGGCAGACGGUCCAGCUCGAAUGCAGCGCGGACGGAGACCCUCAGCCUGUCAUAUCCUGGGUGACGCCGCGGAGGCGUUUUAUCACUGCCAAGUCCAACGGAAGAGCCACGGUGUUGGGCGACGGCACCUUGGAAAUCCGCUUUGCCCAGGAUCAAGACAGCGGGAUGUACGUUUGCAUCGCCAGCAACGCGGCGGGGAAUGACACCUACACGGCCUCUUUAACGGUGAAAGGCUUCACCUCAGACCGCUUCCUUUAUGCCAACAGGACCCCUAUGUACAUGACAGACUCCAACGACACCAUGUCCAACGGCACCAAUGCCAACACUUUCUCCCUGGACCUCAAAACAAUACUGGUGUCUACGGCCAUGGGCUGUUUCACAUUCCUGGGAGUGGUUUUAUUUUGUUUUCUCCUCCUUUUUGUGUGGAGCCGAGGGAAAGGCAAGCAUAAAAACAGCAUUGACCUCGAGUAUGUGCCCCGAAAAAACAAUGGUGCUGUUGUGGAAGGGGAGGUGGCUGGACCCAGAAGGUUCAACAUGAAAAUGAUCUGAGGGUCUAGCACUCACUCUGUUGUUUCUGGGCUGGUGUUGGUCACCAGUGAGACAGCUGGCACAAUCAAUGACUAGGUUAGAAGGUGGCCUCGUGCAGCUGCCCUGUGUCAAAGCAGGGUCCAUGGGAGCAGGAGGACUUCUCAUGGAGACUCUCCACCUAGAGGGAGGCAGGCAGACACGUGUCGGAGCCCUUCACAGUGGGAUACUAAUUGUUUGCAUUGCAAAUAUCGGCAUUCUGGGGAUCUCAGUAAUGAACCUGAACCUUUGGCUCAUGCUCAUGGACAGUUACUCAACAUUUUCUACCACGGCAAAAACAAAAGAAAAAAACAAGGAACAACCUACAAUGUAGGAUUUACAUAUUAAAAAGACACACUUGUCAAAAACAUACUCUACGGAAAAAUUUGUAUCUAUGAUUCUCAUUUGUUAAAGCCUUGCAUCAUACCAUAUUGUUGGUUGAACACCACAAUGAAAUCAAUAUAUUCUUUACUCUUUUUUUUUUUGAAACAUAUGCUGUAUAUGUUUUAAAGCAAUAUGAAUGAGAGGUUGUGCUUUUAGUUACUCACCACUAUAGAUCCAAGUGUGAUUUCACCUUCCUUUCCAUAGAGAUGACCCCGAGACUAGAUCCCUGGAGUUAUGGGCGGAGAGAUGUGGGACCAUGCAUUUGUCUGAUAUAGGAUGCCAAGAAAUAGGGCCCAAGGCAAAACUGCUCAACUCUGUUAACUUCUGUUACUAUAAAUAAAGGCAUGUGCCUAGUUUUGAUACAGAAUGGAAUAUUUUUUAUACUUGUGAUAUCACCCUGGACCAGUUUACUGUAACAAAGCCCUCGGGUUCUCCAGAAGGUUGUGUGCCACUUAGUUGUACCUGUAAAAUGCAAAGUAGGUGUUUGUGAGGAAGAUCAUCCGUUUAAACACAACUUGGUUUUCCUUUCAUCAGUUGCUGCUAAUGGGUUAAUAGGAAGAGCACAUAGUUGUUAUCUAUACUCAUAGGGUAAUACUGACCUUGUAGCAGAGAUCAAGGAUUCGGAUGUGCAAAAGCUAUGUGGAUAAGGAGUUCUCCUCCGAUGCCAGCACAAACCAGGGUGACCCAGACAAGCAGCUGAGGAUCUGCUACAGUGAUAGCUGUCUGAAGCCUGGACUGCUGCCAGUCACAGGAAGUAACCAGCUACCACGCUGAUGUUUUCCAUUCAGACAUGUACUGUACAUACAGUAUUACCUUGAAUGGGUAACUUCAGGGCUUUUCCCUGCUUCCUUUUAGCUUGAGAAUUGUCUUGUGUACACAAGAGGAAUCCGUCUCAUUUUUAAAGAGGUGAGGAGAAACAAGGUUAAUUAAAAAGCACUGGUUUUUCCCUCUACUCUCAACAGAGUAGAGGGAAAAACCAGGCUCGAGAGUCCUACAAAUGGGUUAAAUUGUGCAGGUACUUUGACCCCUCUGACCCAAGGAUCUCUGUCCAGUUCAGUUUGUAUCAAUGACUGUUACUCAAAGUUAAAACAUGAUAGUGUUUGUUUGUUUGUUUGUUUUUUAAUGGCAUCCUGCCCCUACCACCAGUGAUCUGGUUCAAAUGAGACAUAAUUCUGUUUGACUAAAUGUUCAGUGAAUAGCUUUCAACACAUAUAUUCAUAUCUGAGAAAGCACUGAAUGCAGAGUGGAUUCCUGAAAUGUGAUCUAUUUAAUCAGCAAAGGACAGAUAGGAAAUGUCCAUUCUUUGUUCAUUUGAGAGGGACCUGAAGUGAGCCCCCUUUUGGACAGUGAGUGGGAAGUUUCUGAGGUUUGUUUCUUGACAUACCGCCUGGGGGUCUGACUUUCAAAAAGCUGGCUUUUUUUUUUUCUUUUUUAUCAUUUGAAAUUUUGAGGAGCUUCGAGAAAAUUAAAUUGACCCCAAUAAAAAAGUGACAGGUCCAGAAAUCGUUUUGCCGAUUGGAUAGGAGCACAGUUAAACCCCUUUCUCCCUUAAUAAAGGGUGGAAAUGAGACAGAAAGAUUGAAGCAUUGCCUCUUUAAGUCAUUUUUCAUUUGACUUUCCUAAUGACUAUCAUAGAUCUUUUAGAAAUUCAUUUUCCACUUUUGGAAAUUCCUUCAUAUUACAUAUCCAAUAUUACAAAUCAAGACUUUUCUGUAACUCCUAUUUCCCAUGUGCAGGUGGGAUGGGGUCUUUCAAACUGAAAAGAAAAAGUGGUGGGCUAGUCUUCCACGACGUAAUAGAAAAUACUUCAUCUUCAUUUUGCACUGUUGUAUUUGCAACUCAUUGUCCAACAACAAGAGAAAACAUUGAGCAAUUAAUAAAAGGGCUUUGUGACUGUAGCUGUUCUUUUCUGUUAAAUUAAAAGUUGACCAAAAGCAGCUUAGUAAAUGAAACGAAGUUCAAAUGAACCCAUCCACAAAAAGAUUAAGUGAAAAGAUUUUGUGAUUAUUCCAUUAGAAGAAGUGAGACUUCACUCUUUUAGGGACUUCCAUGCUCUGAUCUGUGGAACAACAGGUAUUUGAGAUAUCAGCAAGCACUCUUCCAAAAGAGAGAUUGGAUAGACUACUAAAUUGGAAAAAUGCUGUGUUCUUUAACCGCCUCUUGAUGUUUAAAUAUACAUGAGCCUAAUGAAUUCUCUGCAAGUCCUAUAAAAAAGAAUUCUGUUUAAUAUUGCUCACCUUAGGGUUUCUCUAUAAUUUAUUUAAGCGCAAAGCUUUUCCUUUUCUGAUGUAACUAUUAGCAUUUUGAAAAACUGGAGUUCCGACAAACCCAGUUUGGUUGACAAUGAACUAAAGCUGUGCUUUUCCAAAGUAUUCCUAAACCAGUGUUACCACUAAGAGCAAAACUACUAUUUGAAUUGGGCUCCAACAGAUAAUAAAAAAAAAAAA